AUGGGACAACCGUUGCGUACGAUGGACAGUCAUGGAGGUGGAGAUCACCAACCUGCCGACACCUUCCACCUAUUUCCGAAGCUACCAAACGAGUUACGCCUUAUGAUAUGGGAAUGCGCAUGGCCAGGACCUCGGAUGAUUGAAGGCGUGACUUGUGAGGAUGAGGAGGCCGAAGAAUAUACAGAGGCCACGAAUUUCCACAUUGCAGGUUCUUUAUCUACUUUGCUGGAACAGGAUUUCGGUACGAGAAUUUUGGAAGGAGAGCGUUCUGAGGAGUGUCCUCCUCCUGUGGCCCUUCAAGUCUGUCACGAAUCUCGAAAGCAUACCUUGAGCCAAUAUCACAUUGUGGAGUCGAUGGCCGGCCCAUUCUACGUCAAUCCUUACCGCGACUGUCGGCUCGAGUCUCGUAUCUGA